AUGUUUGAAUUUGAGCUUGAGGUGUUAUGGCUUCCAAAAGAGGAUGGUGGUGGUAGCAGUUCAAGAGUGGUUCAGCCACCAUCAACUGGGGGUGCCCCUAUAUAUAUACAACUAGUAUUCAUGGAAGAUCACAUGGAGCGAGCGGGCCUGGAUCACCAUUUCAAUGAGCUUGAGCCAGAGUUGAAGACCAUCCCCACCACCGUCCCAACUCGCAACCUGAUCGUUGUGGACGCCUUUCUCCUGAAGGCUCUCAAGAAAGAGGCCGCUGAGGUCGCCCAGAGGGCUCAGGGGACCACUGCUGGCAAGUCGGGGUCCGCGUUCACUCAGGACAUAUACAGACCUGGGGUCUGGCAUGCUUCUGCAGAUUGGCGACCCAUCUUUCAGCUAUGGAAUUCUUCUGACGAGGCCGGGGGACAGCAGGCACCCUAUCCCAGUACUUUGCGCGUUCUCUUCUGGGGGUCAAUUAUCGAAUGUAACUACCAGACCAGUGAGCUGACGUACCGGAGUGUUCCCACUGGGCCACCUACCUCAAGACGACGUACAAUGACUACAUGGUUCUCUUACCCAAGAAGCCUCAUCUGGACGAGCUUAGGUUAUGGGGAAAUUGGACACAUUUUGGACGUAGGAAAGUCUAGGAAAGUCCCCUACACACAGAAAUUACAGGCCAUGGCGCAGGAAACGGUGCACCGGAAACUUGCAUCCUCACUGCAAUCGACACUGUUCAAGUUCACUGGCGCACGGCAUACGAUGCUCACGGCACUUCUGAGCACGGAACAUCUGCCUACAAGUCUUAGAACCCUCAGGGAAGCCUGGAAAAGUACAACAAAGGUAGUGCAUACGACGGAAUACGCACACAAUCUACGGGAUGACAUGCACAGACAGCCCUCCACUCCGACUUGGUGCACGGUGGCGGGGCCGUGUCUCUCGCGCAAAAAGAGUACACCGGGCACUGGCAUUCACAAUAGCGAAGCCUGCGCCAGUGGUGCAUGGCGGCCGGGCCGUGUCUUUGUGCACGGAAAAUGCAGUGCACCAGAAUUCUCAUUGACACCGCAUGCGCCAAUGGUGCACGGUGGCCGGGCCGUGUCUCUCGCGCAGAAAGAUGGUGCACGGCGGCGGGGCCAUGUCCGUUGUGCUUUGCAGAGGCUGUCUUGGGCCCUCCUGCUAAUGGAUCAUGCGCCGAUGGUGCACGGCGGCGGAGGCACGUCUGUCUGCCAUUACACUGAACACCAGGGCCUUCCUCUGAGCAUGCGCCAGUGGUGCACGGCAACGCGGCCUUCUCCUCACGUAGUACAGACCGGCCGCUUCUGCUCAUUAUGCAUUCCCCAGUGGUGCACGACAGCGGGGUGCACGACAGCGGGGUGCACGACAGCGGAACAUGCGCUCGCGCAUAUCGGUUGUCUCUGUCCACUACGGCGCACCGUGGCCCGGUGUGCGCCAGUGGUGCACGGCAGUGGGCCAGACCCGUUGCGCUCGGGCUCGGCACACACUGCCUUCCCUCGUCCGGUGUGCACCAUCGGUGCACAGCCCUCCGCAAUGUGCCCUCAGCUCGCAGAGGCUGUAUCAGGUCCUCCUGCUAACGGAGCAUGCGCCGGUGGUGCACUGCGGCGGAGGCACGUCUUUCCGCUGUUGUACUGGACACCAGGGCACUCCCUGAGCAUGCGCCAGUGGUGCACAGCGACGUGGCCAUGUCCUCAUGCAGUACAGUCCGUCCGCGUCUGCUCAUUAGGCAUGCACCAGUGGUGCACAACGGCGGAGCAUGCCCCGCCUGCUUCAGUAGUCUACGGUGCACCGUGGCCCGGUGUGCGCCAGUGGUGCACGGCGGUGUGCGCCAGUGGUGCACGGCAGUGGGCCGAACCCGUUGCGCUCUGGCUCGGCAUCCACUGA